GGUAUUUGGCCCGUUGCCAAGUGAUCUAUUAGAUCGAGAGUCAGUUUAAGUAAAGUUUUGCACCGGAUGUUUGCAAGAAUUAUUAUUAAAUACCCGGUAAGGAAGUCAGAAAUAUUUAUUCCACUAAAGCUCCUAAAGCGUACGUACGAGGACGUGAAUAACGGUGUGUUUCGCUCUAUCGAGGAAUAGUAUUUUAACGUACGAAAACGACAAAAAGAUUUGCACAAGAUGUCUGUCAUUCUGUCUGCUUGUCGCAACACGAAGCAAAGGGCCAUAGCGAGGGCACUUAAGAAGAAAGCAGAUAAGGUACAGAAUAGACGAGAGCGACUCAAGAAGGAGGCGGAACUCCAAGAGCUUGAGGCCGGUGAGUUAGAUGCCGUCACCAAAAUGUGGUCGUUCGAGAUCGAAGGAGAGUACUAUAACGUGGUCCUGUUCCUCGCAAACGACAAAGACACGGUCGACAUAUUUGUAAACGACGACGAAAUAACCAAUGUGAUGACCGAUGUAAGCCCAGAGGGUGCAACGUUUGAUUUCCUCGUUGGGUCGUCCUACAAGGCCCGGAUUAGCUGCAGUAAAGACCCUGGGCAGGGCCUGGUCUACUCCCUCACCAUUGACGGCUACAAAGUCCCCGAGUGUGACUAGUUGUCAGAUGGCAAUACCAGGGAUUCUUUGGGCACAUGUUACGCCCGUACUAACGACGUUCGUAUUGGAAAAUUAAUUAAAUGUUAUCACUUAAUUUGCAUUCUUAAGUCGUUAGAUAUAGAGGAUAUCGUAAUUGUAUAUUAGUGUUUCAAUAAAUAUAGCUUUGGUUUAGUAAAUUGUAUGUUUGUCUAAACAGAAAUCGUUUGGUUUUAUCUAGUACAAAAUAUUUUGACUUCAAAAGUUGUUGUUGUUACAUCGAUAUGAUUUUAAAGAGGAAUAAGAAGUUAUACUUAAGUGAUAUUAGUGAACCAUAAUAAGCUGUGUGAAUCCAGCUUAAUUUUAAUUUAAGCCUAAUGCUGGCAUUUGUAUGACAAGCGGUUCGACGCAUAAUCCCAAGAAACUAGGUUUCUCAUGAGAACCUAGGUUCUCAAAAUAAGAACCUAGGUUCUCAAAAUGAGAACCUAGGUUCUCAUGAGAACCUAUGUUUUCAAAUGAGAACCUAGGUUCUCAUGAAAACCUAGGUUCUCAUUUGAAAACUUGGGUUCUUGAAGCCAUGUGCAAUCUUCAAGCGAGAACCUAGGUUCUCAGAAUGAGAACCUAGGUUCUCAUUAGAAACCUAGUUUCUUGGGAUUAUGCGUCGAACCGCUUGCCAUACAUUUGUGAUAGAAAUCUGUGACGUUACUUUGAUUUUGUAGCGGGUUUUUACUUUAUAACGUCUGUGGAGGUCAUGUCUGGUAAUAAUGCCUUUCUCACCGUUUCCAUGUAAAGUGUUUACGUCGAUUUUAAUAUAUGAGUGAAUAUAUAUCAUGAAGCAGUGCAAUAAAUUAAUGGUAAAAAAUGUCAUUUUUAAUUUAUAGGAAUAAUAUUAAUCCAUACAAAUUAUCUGGAGAGAAAAAUAAUAAGUGCUUAUGCAAAAUAAACGUAUCGUACACAAUAUUUUUUCAUGUAGAAUGUAUGGACGCGUUGGCUUAAUAACCCAUUUAUGCCUAGCGACUAGAAAAAAAAGACUUGGCAAACAGCGUAGACCCAGAUGUGACGCCGCAUGAUGCGGCGUCUCAUCUGGAUCUGCGCUGUUUGCUUAAAGGAAUUUCUGUAAGAAAUAUUCUAAAUAUAGAAAUAAAUAUACAAGACAUCCCUAAUUUAAGAAAUAAAUUGAUCCAAUUUAGAAGGAUGAGAGAGUCCACUAGGCAUAAAUGGGUCAAAUGCUUCACUUGAAAUCUGUAUUGGAGAACAAAUCAACUAAGAAUGCUUAAUCGUGAGAAUGUUUGACUUCAUGUUUUCCCCCAUUGUUUCUUGUCAUUCAUGUUCAUGUUUUGAUCUGCCUGGAGUUAAUUACUUUUGUUCAAAUUUUAGGUGUUGUGCUAUGUAGCCGAACACAUAACAAUGUUGAAUUGCACUUUUCUAUAACAUUUUUACCUAAUUCUUGCAAGAAACUUUUGUAUUUUUUAAUAUUCUUCGUUUAUACAACGAAGUUUUUUUAUUUUAUUUUCCAAUUAAGACAUGUUUCGAUGGUGUGCAUGUUAUAAAUGGCCUACACGUUGAAGACAUGCAUUGACAUUAAGCAGACUUGAUGACAUAAAGAAUUUAAUAGUUUCACAGUGUAUCUUUAAAACCCAAGGCACUGUACAGUAAAACACAAAAUUGUAUAGCAAUCUUUUCGAAGAUAUCUCAUUGACAAAAUGAAUGCAAUUUACAUUCCAAGCUAUGAUGAAAAAAGUUGCGCAACAAAUUGUUAUAUCAUAUAAAAAAAGGCGCAUUUCAUUUAAGUCUGCAUCAGGCGUUCUUGUACUGAUAUAUUUAAUUUUACAAGAUGACAAUUUAGUUGACAAUUUAUCACAAUUUACAAUGUGCCUGUUUUUGUUUUGAGUAAUUUCAUAAAUAGUUUAUUAGUGCAAUCGGUGUGAAACCGUGAUUAGUAUAAUUCAUCAAGUGUAUAUUCCAAUUAACGACCAAUACAGAAAGUUGUUAUCAAUAUUCCGUUACUGGAUGCACAUUAUUUUGGACCAAUGCGAUUUAUAAACAACUAAUUGUUAAAUUAGUACGUUAACGUUUAAUCGUUUUGCACUUUGAAUAUUUUUUUAGAACUAUUGAGUCGUUCACCUGUCACAGUCUGACAUGCUACAUACUGGUAUAAUUGUCACAGUCUGACAGGCUACGUACUGGUAAAAUUGUCACAGGCUCACAUGCUACGUAAUGGUACCAUUGAAAUAGUUUGACAUGCCAUGUACUGGUACCAUUGUCACAAUCUCAUAAGCAGCGUACUGGUAUAAUUAUCUCAAUCUCACAUGCUACAUGCUGGUACAAUUGUCACAGUUUCACAUGCUACGUACUGGAACCAUUGAAACAGUAUGAUGUGACACGUACUGGUACCAUUGUAACAGUCUGACAUGGUAGGUACUGGUACAAUUGUCACAGUCUUACUUGCUACGUACUGGUAUUAUUGAAUCAGUCAGACAUGCUAGGCACUGGUACCAUUGUCACAGUCUUACUUGCUAUGUACUGGUAUCAUUGAAACAGUCUGACAUUCUAGGUACUGGUACCAUUGUCACAAUCUAACAUGCUAUAUACUGAAACAAUUGUAACAGUCUGACAUGCUAUGUACUGGUACCAUUGUCACAAUCUAACAUGCUAUGUACUGGUACAAUUGUAACAGUCUGACAUGCUACCUACUGGUACCAUUUUCACUGUCUGACAUGCCACAUACUGGUAUCAUUGAAACAGUCUGACAUGCUACUCACUGGUACUAUUGUCACAGUAUCACAUGCUAGGUACUGGAACAAUUGUAACAGUCUGACAUGCUACGUACUGGUACCAUUGUCACAGUCUGAACUGCUACUUACUGGUUUCUGUGAUUUCUUUAAAUACAUAUUAGACAACAGUGCCUUACUGGCUUUUUGUUUAGUAAACGGAUUCAAAUAAAAAUAAUACUAUCAA